GCUAGCAUGACAUUUAAUAUAUCAGCAGAUUUGCAGUCGCUAUUUACAUGGAAUACAAAGCAGGUUUUUGUAUUUUUAGCUGCCGAGUACGAAACUCCAAAAAAUUCCUGAACCAGUAUUGUCUUAUUGCAGGUGUCUCUAUGGGAUGGAAUCAUACCUUCCAAGGAGCAUGCCAAGUUCUGGAUUCAUACAUCGAACAAGUAUCGCUUUACUGAUCAGGGAAGCAAUCUCCGGGGAAAAGAAUAUAAGCUGACCUUGCACUGGCAUGUCAUGCCCAAAACUGGCAAGAUGUUUGCUGAUAAAAUAGAAAUGACUGGUUUCCGUUUCCCGGAGGAAUAUAGAUGAGAAUUGUUUUGUUGCAUAGGACUUGGCUCGGUCUCGUUUUAGGUGAAAUCUUAAACUAUAUGAGAAGAAAGAAAUUGUGAAGAGAAAAACAAAAAACAAAAAGAAGACCCAAAUAUUCGAUGAUGUCAGAUCAAGAACAUUGUCUAACUUAAUAGUAACUUCUUCCAAUUUUUUGGAUUCUCAGAUGUCAGCUUUGGAAUUUUGGAACAAAUGAGGAGGAUGGCUUGUUUGAUUACAAGAAAAAGUCUGUUUUGGUCUGUUUUAAGUGUACUAUAUGAGUUUAUAUCCAUUAUAUAUUUGAAGGAUAAUAUUAAUAGCUA